AUGACCACAGAGGUCUGUCACACAAAAAAUAUGGAGAUUGAGGCCCACUCUGACCGGCACGGAUUUGCUGGAACGCCGGGUUAUCUUUCUCCAGAGGUGCUCCGGAAAGAAGCGUAUGGGAAACUGGACAUCUGGGCUUGUGGAGUCAUCCUCUACAUCCUGCUGGUGGGAUAUCCUCCAUUCUGGGAUGAAGACCAGCACAAACUCUAGCAGAUCAAGGCUGGAGCGUAUGACUUUCCCUCCCCGGAGUGGGACACGGUCACUCCUGAAGCCAAAAACCUCAUCAAUCAGAUGCUGACCAUCAACCCGGUCAAGAGAAUCACAGCGCAGGAGGCUCUCAAACACCCGUGGGUCUGCCAACGCUCCACCGUGGCGUCGAUGAUGCACAGACAGGAGACGGUCGAGUGUCUGAAGAAGUUCAACGCCAGACGGAAACUAAAGGGAGCCAUACUGACCACCAUGCUGGUGUCGCGCAACUUCUCCGCCAAGAGUCUGCUCAACAAGAAGACUGAAGUCAAGCCUCAGUCCAACAGUGUGAAGAGCAGCAGCGUCUCCAGUCCUAAAGGAAGUGUUCCUCCUCCUGCUCUGGAGCCUCAGACCACUGUUAUUCAUAAUCCAGUGGAUGGGAUAAAGGAAUCUUCAGACAGCAGCAACACCACCAUCGAGGAUGAAGACGUCAGAGCACGCAAGCAGGAGAUCAUCAAGAUCACUGAGCAGCUGAUAGAAGGCCUUAAUAAUGGAGACUUUGAGGCCUAUGCGAAAAUGUGUGACCCUGGACUGACGUCUUUUGAACCCGAGGCUCUGGGGAACCUGGUGGAGGGCAUGGACUUCCACAGAUUCUACUUUGAGAACUCACUUUCCAAGAACAGUAAACCCAUCCACACCACCAUCCUGAACCCUCAUGUGCACCUGAUUGGUGAAGAUGGCGCCUGCAUCGCCUACAUCCGCCUGACUCAGUUUUUGGAUGGCCAGGGCCUCCCCAGCAGCCAAUCAGAGGAGACCGGGGUGUGGCAACCCGCCGGGGAAUCCAGAUGGCAGAACAUUCACUUUCACUGCUCUGGCGCUCCAGCGGCUCCUCUGCAGUGAAGAGCGGUGCUGCAGUGAAUCAUAGAUGAUGGACCAAUGGGAUGCCGGCGCUCUGAAAACUCCAGCCUAGAAACCAAUAGUCUCUCUUUCUCUCUCU